GCAGGCCGCUCGGGUUUGUUUUGCUGGGCGGCCGCCGCCGCGGGCCCGGAGCUCAUUUGUGCCUGGCUGGUCCCCGCGCUCCCCGGUGCCGAGCCGGAGCCGUUGGCCGCUCGCGCGCUUGGCUCUCUCCCUUAGUAACAGCUCCCCUCCUGCUUCGGUGCUGUGCCCUGCCCCCGCGCCCCUCCCCCGCCGGACCCGCCGCCCGGCUGUCAGCGCCAGCACCCCAGGGCGCCUCGGGGUGCCCACGGCGGCCAGGAGGGGAGCGCCGCGCGUCCGGGAGGGGAAAGCGUCGCCAAGCAGCCUCAGCGACUUGUGUUUGGUGGUCAGAUACCCAGUUGUACAUCCUCACAUCAAUGCACUGCCAAUGGGUUAUAUCCUGUGUUGUGACCUCAUGGUUUAAGUGGGAAUAAAGAUGAGUAUAAGCAGUGAUGAGGUCAACUUCUUGGUAUAUAGGUACUUGCAAGAGUCAGGAUUUUCUCAUUCUGCAUUUACCUUUGGUAUAGAGAGCCAUAUAAGUCAAUCCAAUAUAAAUGGUGCCCUUGUCCCACCUGCCGCAUUGAUCUCUAUCAUCCAGAAAGGCCUACAGUAUGUAGAGGCAGAAGUUAGCAUAAAUGAGGAUGGCACCUUAUUUGAUGGUCGACCCAUUGAGUCUCUGUCCCUGAUAGAUGCUGUUAUGCCCGAUGUAGUCCAAACAAGACAACAAGCCUACAGAGACAAGCUUGCACAGCAGCAUGCAGCCGCCGCUGCAGCUGCUGCUGCAGCCACUAACCAGCAAGGGUCUGCAAAGAAUGGAGAGAACACAGCAAAUGGGGAGGAGAAUGGAGCACACACCAUCACAAAUAAUCACACUGAUAUGAUGGAAGUAGAUGGGGAUGUUGAAAUUCCUCCCAACAAAGCAGUUGUGCUACGGGGCCAUGAAUCUGAGGUUUUCAUCUGUGCCUGGAACCCUGUUAGUGAUCUCCUGGCAUCAGGGUCUGGAGACUCCACAGCAAGAAUAUGGAAUCUUAGUGAAAACAGCACGAGUGGUCCCACACAGCUGGUGCUUAGGCAUUGCAUACGGGAAGGAGGACAGGACGUUCCCAGCAACAAGGAUGUCACUUCUCUAGAUUGGAAUAGUGAAGGUACACUUCUAGCAACUGGGUCAUAUGAUGGAUUCGCCAGAAUAUGGACUAAAGAUGGUAAUCUUGCCAGUACCUUGGGACAGCAUAAAGGCCCUAUAUUUGCAUUAAAAUGGAAUAAGAAAGGAAAUUUCAUUCUAAGUGCUGGAGUAGAUAAGACUACCAUUAUUUGGGACGCACACACUGGUGAAGCCAAGCAGCAGUUUCCUUUCCAUUCAGCCCCAGCACUGGAUGUUGACUGGCAGAGCAACAACACCUUUGCGUCUUGUAGUACAGACAUGUGCAUUCAUGUCUGCAAAUUAGGACAAGACAGACCUAUCAAAACAUUCCAGGGACACACGAAUGAAGUAAACGCUAUCAAAUGGGACCCAACUGGCAAUCUCCUCGCCUCGUGUUCAGAUGACAUGACCUUGAAGAUUUGGAGUAUGAAGCAAGAUAACUGUGUCCAUGAUUUGCAAGCACAUAAUAAAGAAAUUUAUACCAUUAAAUGGAGUCCAACAGGACCAGGAACAAAUAAUCCAAAUGCCAACCUUAUGCUAGCAAGUGCAUCCUUUGAUUCUACAGUUAGGUUAUGGGACGUAGACCGAGGGAUUUGCAUUCAUACUUUAACAAAACACCAAGAGCCUGUUUACAGUGUGGCUUUCAGUCCUGAUGGGAGGUAUCUGGCAAGUGGUUCUUUUGACAAAUGUGUGCACAUCUGGAACACACAGACAGGUGCUUUAGUUCACAGUUACAGGGGAACAGGUGGGAUUUUUGAAGUUUGCUGGAAUGCAGCAGGAGACAAAGUUGGAGCCAGUGCAUCAGAUGGUUCAGUUUGUGUCUUAGACCUUCGGAAAUAGCGUUACUAGUUGGAAGCCAUGGACCGACUAUGAAUGUGUACAUAGCCACAAGACUAUCCCUGACCCACAUACUGCUAUAGUCCCACUUGAACCAUGGCCAGUCCACUACAGCCAAAUGUAAGAGAAGUAUAUACAUGCAGUGUAUAUGAACACAGCUGCACCCUGAAGAUGACAGUCUCAUCCCAGCCUGUGAAUUCUGCUCACCAUGUGCUGGGAUCUAACCUGCUGUGCCCCUAAGUAGCGUUUAGAAGUCUGGAUAUGGAAAGCAGAAGAGAUGGACAAUGCGUUAUAAGAGCAAACCACACAUGUACCAGUUUUGGAUAUUAAUGACAGCCUUGUUUCUCCCCUUUAAAUCAUCAGACACCAUGGAUUAUAUUCUUUUCCCCCUUCAGUAGUGCGCAGUUUGUAUGUACAGAGAACGUGGACUUAUCAAAAAACUCGCGGCAGUAGUUUGUUCUUGCUUUCAAGUUUGUUUUGGUUUAGAUUAUGGAUGCAUGAAAUAAGGGAGUGAAUCAUAUUCUUUUACUUUUCCUCAUCUUUUAAACAAAGAAAUCUUAAAAAAUAUUUUACUGCAUUCUUUGGAAAAGGUAGAUGUUUGGUACAUUUUAUGGCUCCCAGAGCAUAUAUUCAGUUGGUGCAUAUUUUGGGGAAGUUGACAUUAAAGGAAACCACAUGACAUCUGUCAUGUCACUCUAAGACACAUCAGCAAAGGGUAUUACGUUAUCUUUUGUUUUGAUUUUCUUUGUGUGUGUGUGUGAAAUGGCUUAAUUAAAAUAGUUUCUUCUUGGGGACAUAUUUCUGCCAAUUUAAGAAUAGAAGGGCACAAUUUUUUUUUUCUUAAUAACAUAAAGAAGAGAGAUUAAAAAAACAAAAACUUUCCAAUGUUUCGUAGCCAUAGCUAAAUUAUGGUCAAAAUGUGCACUAUUGUGAGAAGGGGCAAUGUAGUUUGGGGCUUUUUUUUUUUUUUUUUUUUUUUUUUAAUUAACCACUUGUCUGUUUUUACUUGUUUCUUAAGAGAUUAAAAUGUUUCUGGAUAAGGAUUAGCUUCUCAAAGUGUCCAUCAUUCUGUAUAGAAGCUUAAAUACGUAAUGUAACCAGAUUCCAGUAUUAAAAAAAAAAAAAAAUCUGUUAGUUUUCUUUUUACAAAGCAAGAUUACAAGAUUACAGCAUAUAACACUGCCAUCACAUGGCAAAAUGCUUGCUACCUUAGUUUUAAAAAUAACUCUUAAAGGCUUGCUUCCAGGUGUUUUUGAGUAGCAAUGACUGAGGAUUUAGGGAGAAGUGUGGCUGCUGUGCCACUCUGCCCUAGUCUGUGGCGUCAAGGCUGCACUUUGUCAAAGCAAUGUAGAUCUAAGCUGCUGCUUUCCAGUAAUCACUACUACAUCAUGUCUUUUACUCUGUUCAUAUCAAGUUUUUAAAGAUAUAGGUACCCAAUCAGCUAAAAGUAAAACCUACAAAUAUUCACCAGAGGCUGUUUGUGAAGGUGGUUAAACAGGACAGUUGAGAUUAACAGAACCAAGGCAUGUUGGUUCUGAAGAAAAUAGUUGUCAAAUUUAUAUCUUUAAAUUUUUAUUAAGAAAGUGCUUAGCAGAUUUAUAACACUAUUUGUGUCCGUAGUUAUUUUGCGGCCUUUGACUCCUAAGUCCCACCCUUUGUCAAACCCAGCUCUGCAGCUGCAAUGCUUGGUAUCUGCUGCUUUGCUCUUUAUAAAACAGCAUUGAUUGAUGGAAGUCUUGGCUUCACUAAGGUAGGGUGGCAUUUGCUUUUGGUAAAGAAGAUGAAUACACUUAAAUUUUACUCUGCAUUGUUAUAUCUCCCCCAUUGUUGUUAGUGGGGACUAUGAUACUGUAAUAAUAUUUUUAAAAUUUGCAUCCAGAGAGGCAGUCAUUUAUGGUUUGUGCCAGGUGGUUUUUUUAAGGUUGGAUCACACUGAGAGAUUUAGAGCUCACUGCUCUGGUAUUCUGUAGGAAAUCUACAAUGCUGAGUGUCUGGCACUUGAGAUUCUGCUUUUACUGCCAGGGGGUCACAUCUGUUGGCCUCUGUUGUUGCUGUUUAAAAAAAAUAUAUAUAAAAAUAAAAAAUCUGUGCAAUAAUUUAUAAAUGUGCUCCCAGGAAUAGACACAAAAGUUUUCAGUAUGCCUAAGCUGCAUUUCCUUCAGCGAUGCAUUUGUCAGUUGCACUGAAUCUAACCUAGUCAGAGGUGAUUGCUGAUAGUGCUUUUGUAUUUUGAUAUGGACAUUUUAUUCAUUUGCAUACAGUCAUUGACAUUCUUCCCAGCUGAUUCAAAGACAGUCACAAACCUGCAAUACAGCUGCCAUAAUAACAGUUUUUAUGAUAUUGUCUUGCUUCCUGUUGGGUGUGUUUGUUGGUUUCUUUUCCUAAUUUUUUGGCUAUUUUACUUUAGCACCUAGCUGUGAUUUCUAACAGAGUGUGAGUGCAGAGCUUUGCUAUUCUAAGGCCUCAGGUUUUCCUGUGCAGGCUUGUCUGAAGGUGUCCAUCUUUAGGCUGGUUCUUCAUGAGCAUAGAACUGUGUGCUUUGCUGCUGUUCUCACUGUCACUGUAGCCUGCUGACGUGCCACAAUGCUGCUCCACAGACACCGCCCGGUGUGUCCACCAGAGCAGUCAGUUGAUCGCGGGAGACCAUGUUUCACAGCAUAUGAAAUUCUGUCUUGUUCUUACUUUCCCUCUUGUCUUUCUCUGAGAGCUUACUCUGAAGAGUCAUGGAGUGUAGUAGUCUUUAUAUGGUGUUCAUUUAGAUCAUUGUUUUAUAUUCUACUGUAAGCAACCUAAUCAUAAGGAAAGAGAAUAAGGAGACUUUAAAUGAAUACUUUUUGAUUAAAGUAGAAUAGAGGGAGCAAGCUGCCACCCAUAAAAGGCAUGAAGGGAUCUGCUCUCCAUGUGGGAGACCCCUGGAGAAGUAGUUUUGCCCCAUUCCCAUUUUCUGUGAUCAGGUAAUAUUAUUCACUUUCAAAUGUCUUUAGGAGUGGUAAGUGGAAUAAUAGAUCUUAGAGUAUAGCAAAUUCUGUUUUCAUAAGUUAUCCUCUAGGUGAGUAUGUUUUAGGAUUAAACACCUUUUACAGAUACUGAAAGUGCCUCCUUUUAUGGUAUUUAAAAAAAAAAAACCAACAAAUUAUGGUGCAAAAAGUAAUAGAUUGAAUCACAUGAAGGUUUUUUGCUUUUUGACAUAAAAAUGUCAAGAGACAGGCCAAAGAUUUGUACUUUUCACUUAUAAAGCACUCCUUUUUUCCUUAAGAUUAUUUCUGUCAAAUCAGAUUUAAUGAGAGAGUACUAUUUUUAAGGAGCUAUCUGUUUAUGUAGAAUGAUUUUGUUUAAAAAGAGUAAUGUAGACUAUGAAUGAGGAGCAGAGGCCCAUGGAGGACUGGGCAUUCUGCUGGUGAAAGGAAUCAUAGAUGACCAGGCUUCUGCAAGCAGACAUGAUCAGUUUGACCAGAUGCAUAGGAAAACCAUCUCAGACAGUGCUGUCUUGCUCUUUAAAAGACCAUUUAUGUUUUUGUAAGUGCAUUGCACAUUUCCACAAAAGCUGGAUUCCCACGAGCUAAGAGUGGUACUUGCACAGUUGCUGCAAAAAUCCUGCCUCCGUGGACCAACAUCGUGGCACACCAGCAAAAGCCAGCAUUUAGGGGCUCGCAGCUAGCCUACAGAGACCCUGGGGGUGGUUUUGUUUGUUUUGAUACCCUCCUUUUGUUUGAAAUCAGCAAGGACGGAAGGUAUGAACUACUCCUUCCAGUAAUAGCUCUGAAGUGUCUGUCACAUUUAAUACCAGUUGUUUAAUACAUGAUUCUAGUUGAAUGUAGAAGGGAGAAAAAAAAGGAAGUGCUCACAUUUUUAAUCCACUCAUUCAGAAUGUGAUCUCUUCUCUAGCAGUUCUGAGGUGUUCAUAGCAUAUAGCAUUCUUUAUUUCUGCCCUCUGUGACAGUGUUGAAGAAGGGUGAAGGCUUUUUUUUUUUUUUUUUUAAACCUAGCAAGCUGUUUAUCAUGUUUUCUUUGGAAUUUCUGGAUAAGUUGGAGAGGAAAAAUUCUGCAUGUUGUAUCUGGUGUACUUUUUCAUCUCAUUACAGACAGGUAGACUCCAUCCUUAAAUUCAGAAAUGGUUUUCUCUCCCGACUUUGACAUUGUCACUAUAUAGAAUGUUUUCAUUUGGAUUUUGGCAAAUCCUUUGGGUCUAAUUCUGUGAGCAUACCUUAGCAGUGGGUGAUGAUGUCUGCAUCCUUUCUUUAGUUUCCCAGUUACCUUAAAGCUGUUAUAAAGUGUAAACCAGCCUAUGACAGUUUUUGUACAUGUUAAGGAACUUUAUUGUUCAGUUUUCAUGAUGAUUGUGUAAGGAAGACUGAUACAGACGUCUGUCUCUCCUGGACCAUGUCAAUGACACUUACUAUGUAUUUUGGUUCCACAUCACGAUGAUUUGUCCCCAAUGACCCUUUGACCCUUUCCAGGCACAUUUUUUUUAUGUGUGUUGUUGCAGUUUCCCCUUUGCAUUGUAUUGCUUUGAAAACUGUAAUUUGAAUCAGAUCUGAAAGAGGUCCAGAAUAAAGUAUAUUUUGAUAUUA